UAUUUUCCCACCACAGACGAACGGCCAUACGCAAGCAGUGAAAAAAAAGUCGAGAAAUCUAAUAAGUUUUAGCCCAAAAGUGUUGCAAUUGCUGGUGCAUUUAGCGAUUUAAAGAGACAGAAUUCCAAGAUCCCCGACCACAGAGCCAAAAAACCAAAAAACCACAGACAUUUAGCCACCAAAACACUUGAAAUCAACGGCUGUGCAGCAGCAGGAAGAAGAGGAAGAGAGGUGCGUGGUGCGUAGUUAGUGCGAAAUUGCGUAUUAGGAAGGAAAACAACAACAAGCGGGGCUGCGAGAGCCAGCAAACAUUUUGAUUCGAGGAAAACAAACUUUAGCCAGCGACGAACAAACCAACCAAUCCAACGCAGUGUCGCAUCCGCAUCCGCAGAGGGAAUACCGAAAACUGGUUACAUGGGUCCGACGGAUCAAGACUGGAUCGGCUGUGCGGUGUCUAUAGCCUGCGACGAGGUCCUGGGCGUCUUUCAGGGCCUGAUUAAGCAGAUCUCCGCCGAGGAGAUCACCAUCGUGCGGGCCUUCCGGAAUGGCGUGCCGCUGCGCAAGCAGAACGCCGAGGUGGUCCUCAAGUGCACGGACAUCCGCAGCAUCGAUCUCAUCGAGCCCGUGAAGCAGGAUGUGGAUGGGCACACGGCCCCGCCCCCGGUGCUCAACAAGCCCACGCCCGUCAAGCUGCCCCACUUCUCCAACAUUCUGGGCAAGCAGCAGCAGCUCCAGCUCCAGCAGCAGCAACAACAGAAGCAGCAGUACCAGGAGCAGGAUCAGGAAGAGGAUCUGCCGACGACGCCGCGGUCGAGGGCCAACGGCCAUGGACGACCAGCGGCAGGGGGAGCAGCGCCAGUCGCAUCGGGCUCUUCGGGGUCACGUGGCAACUUUAACUCGACGCUCAGCGAUAAGAUGCACCAACUGAAGCUCAUCGAGACAAAUGGCUCCAAUGGCACCCGAAGAACACCGCAGACAUCUCGUGCGCCCAGUGCCCAGCAGCAGCCGCAGAUGUCGACGACUCCGAACAGCGUGGCCGCCUUCUUUGGCAACAUGAUACCGCCGAAGGUGGAGGUGAAGAUGGGCGCCUACGUGAGCAACACGCGGGAGAGCUACUGCAGCAGUAGCGGAGACAGCGGCGAGGCAACCGGGCUGUCUUUGGGCAGCAGCAGGCCCAUAGAUAUCGUUAGCAAUGGAGACGGCUUUUACAAGCAGACGGCAGCCUCCAGCUACGGAAAUGCAAACGGCAAUGGCGGGAGGAACGGCAAAGCGAACAACAAUGGAAAUGGCAACGGAAACGGCUCUUACACCAAUGCAAAUGGCAACGGCAAUGGAAAGAACAAGCGGAAUCGGGUGCGACGGGAGAGCAGCAUGCGGCAGCAGCAGGUGCUGCAGACCUUUGGCAGCGAGGCGGACGAUCCACUGAUCCACGAGGAUUUCGAUUUCGAGGGCAAUCUGGCGCUGUUCGACAAGCAGGCUAUUUGGGACGACAUUGAGUCGACGCACCAGAAGCCAGACGUUGUGCGGCACAUAGUAAACAAUCAUCAUCAGCCGGAGCAGAAGUAUAGGCACGACGAGAACAUCCUGGCCAGUAAGCCGCUGCAACUGCGCCAGAUCGAGAGCAUGUUCGAUGGCAGCAAGGACUUUGUGACGGACGACGGUCUCAUUAUACCCACGAUUCCGGCUUACGUGCGGAAUAAAAUUGAGAUGAGUGCGGAGAAGGCGGGCCUCUCGCUCCAGAGGCAGAUCGACAUAUUGGCGCGCGGGGCCAGUGACCUGGCCAUCACACUGUUGGGCGGUGCCAGACGUUUGACGCCGGCCAACAAUCAUCAGUGGCCGAAAAUAGCCAUCAUCUGCGAUGGAGUUAAGAACAUGAGGACAAUUAACGUUGGAGCAGCCACGGGUCGCCAGCUGGCUUCCCAUGGCCUCACUGUACUCCUGUACGUGGAGCAGGCCAAACUGGUGGAGCAGAACAGCAGCAGCGCAGAGAUUUCCUUGUUCAAGGCAACUGACAAUGUCAUAGUUCACUCAGUAGAUGCCUUGCCCACGCCAGAUCUUGUGAUAUUAUCGACUAACACCGCUAAUUUAUCGGAUACGAUCAGGAAAUGGCUCAGUGUGAACCGCGCUUCGGUGCUUGCCGUAGAUCCUCCGCCGUGUGGCAUUAAUGAGGUGGCUAUCAAGUACUCAAUACUACCCAUACUACCAUUGAAUGGCAUAUCAACAGCAACAGCAUCAUCAUCCUCUUCGGCCGCCGCCACACCAACGCCCAUUGCUAGCACUUCGGCAGCAGCAGCGGCUAACAAAUCAGUCGCAGCAGCAUCAACGAACAAUUGUGGCAAAUUGUAUUUAUGUAAUCUAGGUAUACCGGAUAAAUUCUAUCGUGAUUGUGGCAUUAAGUACAAAAGUCCGUAUGGACAUAAAUAUGUGAUACCGAUUCACUCAAAGGACUGAAACAACGACAACAAAAACAAAAACACAAACACCAACAUUUACAACAGCAAUCAAACUGCAGCAUCAGAAAUACCAGCAAUCAAAUACCAUUAAAACAACAAAAAACAAGCACACACAACAAAAACAAUAACAAUGACACACCCGCACACUUGUGAUGAUCAUCAAGUCCAGUUUCCUGUGAAUCUAGCUCUUAGUAGUCUUCUCUCAUAUAUUACUCAAGUUAAACAUUUUGUUCUACGGCGCGUACACAUAUAGUUUUUAGGUUAGUUCAUGCAUCAGCCCUUAGUAUAUGCCUAGUUAUUAUAUCUAUUUCUCUGAAUUAAUUCAAAGCUGCCCCGGCCAAAUGCCAAACUAUGAUUAGUUUUCAAAUUGUACCCUAUAGAUUAUUUUUUCAUUAUUAAUAGCCCUCGGUUCUGAAAGCUAGUCCGCAUUUACAAGUUUCAAAAGCUUUAUUUUAGGCGCACGUUUUAAGAAAUUUUCCAAACAUUCAACCCAAAUUUAAGAACCCCAUCAGAAUAAUUGAACAGAUGCUAUGGCCUUAAUUUGUUUCGUAUUCCCUGUCCUUCCCGCAAGUGGUCUUCAUAAACGUAAUCAUCAAAUCAGGCGAUAAAUUGUUUGUAAAUAACUAUACAAUUCUAUGGGGAAAGAUAAGAUCAUGUUAAUUAUUAUCAAGUAUGCGCAAUAAAUGCCAAAUUCAAUGUCUAAUUUUAAGCAUUAAAUCAACAGCAAAAGCAACAACUAUUGUACGAUGUAAUACGGAAUACAAAUCCAAGUAUAAAUCAAAUCAGAUAGUUAAGUUAGUUUCGUAAGCUAAAGUGUUUAAACGUUUAACAAACCAUAACAAACAAAGCAACAAUGAUAAAAUGAGGAACACUUUAUAUUAUAUAUAGACCUAUUUAAGAUGUGUCUUUAAGCAUAACUAAACAAAGUCGAGAGCAUAAUUUUUUACCCAUCGAAUACUAAAGAGAAACCACAACACAAUACUUAUACUCUAAACUGUAGAACGAUGAAUUUUAUAUAAGAUUAAAUCCAAUCUAAUAGUGCAAAAUUUUAGAAGGUUGCAACUCAGUAAGGCAACCAAAAACUCAAAACCAACAACCCAAAUUAAAACUACUUGUUGUAUAAAUAAUAACUAUAAUUGUAAAGAGAUACCAACACACGUAGAUUCUAAAUUCCAAUCAUGUUGAUGAUCAUCUGCAAAUUCAAUUUCCAAAAACCAUCAAACUAUAUUGUAAAAGAGAGUUGAAUGCGGAUUAAUCUGCCGCCAGGCGGGCCCCGCAGUGACUGUUUUGCGUUAGGAGUAGAGAAGAUGACCAGACCUCAAAGGGAUGUUAGUGGAGAGCGGAUGAGAAGGUUUUCCCGAUACCACAGUAACAACAACAGAACUCACAACCAAACGAAUAAACACCAACACUAGGAGAAACAACAAACAUCCUGAGAUUUUGGUAACGCUUUAAAAUUGUAAAAACAUCUAUUUUCGGGCCAAUGAAAUUGUUAAACGAAGAAUGAAAACCUAAUUUUAAAUUUAUACAUAAAAGACAAAAUUGUACAGAAAAUUCUCUUUUGGAACAAAAAUCAAGCAGAAAAAAGAAAGCGGAUCAAAAAAAGAAAGUCCUUUCCAAACGAAACAGCAAUAUUAAAAAAUACAAACAACA